AUGUCGUCAGAAGGCCAAGACACUAAUACCGCAGAGUCCGAAAGUGGUCCAGCUGGUUCCCCUGUUCCGGGCCCGGCUGCAACCACCGAGGUCCCGGACGUCGUUAUCGAGGCCGAAGAUGGAAACGGAUCCUUGAGGGGCGAGAGCGUUGCAUCCUCAAGCACUAGUGUAACCGAUUCAAUUCUUCAGUAUCGCAUCGAGAAUGGACGUACCUACCACAAGUAUAAGGACGGAAAGUACUACGUUCCUAACGAUGCCAGAGAGAACGAUCGACUUGAUAUCCAGCAUAACAUGUUUCUUCUCACCUUCGACGGCCGCCUCGGAACAGCCCCACCAAAUUUGGAGGGUGCUAAGGUAAACCGCGUACUUGACUUGGGAACUGGAACAGGCAUUUGGGCGAUCGAGUUUGGUGACGAGCACCCCGAGGCCGAGGUAUUAGGCAUAGACCUCUCAGCCGCACAGCCAGAAUUCACGCCUCCAAAUGUGAAGUUUGAGAUCGAUGAUCUGGAAGAAGAGUGGACGUACUCUCGCUCAUUCGACUACAUCCAUAGUCGAAUGAUGACUUCAAGUGUAGGAGACUGGAAAGUGUACUUGAAGAAGUGCUUUGACCACCUUACACCAGGCGGGUACGUGGAACUCAAUGAAAUCGAUCUCAAUCCCGGCUGUGAUGACGACACCCUCAAGCCAAACUCUGUUCUCUAUAAGUUCGUCCGCCUGUGGGGAGAAGCUGCCGCAGUUUUUGGGAGGCCUUUCCAAGAUAUCAAAGGUUUGAAAGAUGUUUUGGUCGAAGUAGGGUUUGUGGAAGUUCACAUUCAGAGAUUCAAAUGGCCAAGUAAUCCUUGGGCGAAGGAUAAGAAGCAUCGCGAGCUAGGGUACUGGAAUUACGACAAUUUUGCGGCCGGUCUGGAAGGCUUUGUCAUGGCACCCUUCACGAGAGCACACAGUUGGACACCUCAAGAGGUGACGGUGCUGUGUAUGGAGGUGCGGACGGAAAUGAACAACCCGAAUAUUCAUUCUUACUCUUCUAUUUGGUCGAUCUACGGAAGAAAGCCGGAGGAGGCAGCGACUCCGGAUCACUAAGUAAGGGGAAAGGCUUCGCCGCCAAUGUUGGACAUCCGAUUGCAUAGCAACUUAUGAUUCCGGAAAUGGUCGCUCAGUUCCGGAAAGUCAUGAUGUGUUCAUGGAUCCAUGUCCUUACGUUGUGACUUCACCGAGAUACAGGGUCAAGAAGUUCCCCGGCCAAUACACGCGUCGAGUUGCUCUAGGGGGGGUUUUUUGCCAUUCGUCAAAAGUUGAGAUUCUUGAGAUGCUUGUAAUGCCUGUGAAGUAUGGAC